UCCCUCGUCUCCCUCUCUCCGUCUCCUCGCGGUCAUUUUCCUAAUUGGACGGAGCUGUGGGGCGUGAUCGCCGGCGUCAGAUGGGGGGCCCCAGGCUGCCAGGUGGGCGCGCUGGGGCUCGGGGACCGACCGGGCACCUUUUGCUUUCCCACCCUAGGCGCACAGAUCCCACAGAUGCGACCCCGUGCCACUGGCCCCCCCUAACCGCGGACUUGCUAACUAGUGCGUAUCAGGGUUUUUUCCAACUUGCCUUUUAAGAUGACUUUUAUGGUUGCUGCAACGGCUUGCCUCCAGUCUGAGCUGUAGUUUAGGAAGAUUUAAGAGGCCAGGGAGGUGCUUGUGUGGGUUUUAACUAACCCGAAACGGUCAUUAGUGUGUCUCUGAGCUCUGCGAGAUGGUGCCGGCAAGGCGUAGCAGGAGGCUGUGUGCCAGGAGGCUGGGUGCGUUUUCCCAGGGACACUGCGAGGGGCUCUUCCUUCCCGAUCUGAGCUGGGCCUGCCUGGGAGUCCAGUGAGGGACCAUCCUAGUGGCCCACCCUGAGCUGCUAGCCAAACAGCUUUUAUUUCUAUGCAAAAUGGAAACUCCCAACAGGGGUCGACCUGGAGGGAACAUAACCAGUACCGUGGAGGCGCCUGGGCAAUUCACGAAACAUCCCCACAGGUGUGCAGAGAAGGACUUUGUGCUCCCCCGGGUCACCCAGCCAGCUUUGAAGCUGCCCUCUCGGUCCUGCCUUUGUACACGUCGAUGCCCUCCUAGCCAGCGCUGCGGGAUGGAGGGCUUCAUGGACUCAGGGACACAGACGGAUGCCGUGGUGGUGCUGUCCUUGGCUCAGGCCGCCGUGCUAGGCCUGGUCUCGGAAAAUGAGCUUUUUGGAGCCACCAUAAGCGCUGAGGCCUUCUACCCAGACUUGGGGCCCGAGCUGUCCGGGACAUCCACAGGGGAGCCCGGGCCACCAGGCCCCGACGUCUACCAGCUGGCCUGCAACGGGCGGGCCCUGGAGGAGCCGGCAGAGGAGGAGGUACUGGAGGUGGAAGCAGCCUUUGAGAAGCACACCCGGCGGAAGACACGGCCCCCGGUGCGGCUGGUGCCCAAGGUCAAGUUUGAGAAGGUGGAGGAGGAGGAAGAGCAGGAGGUCUAUGAGGUUUCCGUGCCUGGUGAUGACAAGGACAUGGGCCCGGCAGAGGCCCCCGCCCAGGUGGCCAGUGGCGGCUGUGAGGCCCUAGUGCAGAGCAGCGCCGUCAAGAUGAUCGACCUCAGCGCCUUCAGCCGCAAGCCCCGGACGCUCCGGCAUCUGCCCCGAACCCCGAGGCCAGAGCUGGACGUGGUCCCAUAUGACCCCCACUUCCCAGACCCGGCCCGGGAUGGCUUCCCUGAGCCCAGCAUGGCACUGCCUGGGCCAGAGGCCUUGCCCACUGAUUGUAGUUUUGAGCCACCCCACCUGGCCCCACUGAGUGACCCCGAGGUCCCCACCAUGGAGUCCCCAGAGCCAGUAAAGCCAGAGCAGGGCUUCGUGUGGCAGGAGGCCAGUGAGUUUGAGGCUGACACAGCAGGCUCGACAGUGGAGCGACACAAGAAGGCCCAGCUGGACAGGCUGGACAUCAACGUGCAGAUCGACGACUCCUACCUGGUGGAGGCGGGCGACCGCCAGAAGCGCUGGCAGUGCCGCAUGUGCGAGAAGUCCUACACGUCCAAGUACAACCUGGUGACGCACAUCCUGGGCCACAACGGCAUCAAGCCACACUCGUGCCCGCACUGCAGCAAGCUCUUCAAGCAGCCCAGCCACCUGCAGACACACCUGCUGACGCACCAGGGCACCCGGCCCCACAAGUGCCAGGUGUGCCACAAGGCCUUCACGCAGACCAGCCACCUCAAGCGCCACAUGCUGCUGCACUCAGAGGUCAAGCCCUAUAGCUGCCACUUCUGCGCCGGCCGUGGCUUCGCCUACCCCAGCGAUCUCAAGGCCCACGAAGUGAAGCAUGAGAGCGGCCGCUGCCAUGUGUGCGUCGAGUGCGGCCUGGACUUCUCCACCCUGACCCAGCUCAAGCGCCACCUGGCCUCCCACCAGGGCCCCACCCUCUACCAGUGCCUCGAGUGUGACAAGUCCUUCCACUACCGCAGCCAGCUGCAGAACCACAUGCUGAAGCACCAGAACGUGCGGCCCUUCGUGUGCACUGAGUGCGGCAUGGAGUUCAGCCAGAUCCACCACCUCAAACAGCACUCGCUCACCCACAAGGGUGUGAAGGAGUUCAAGUGCGAGGUGUGUGGCCGGGAGUUCACUCUACAGGCAAACAUGAAGCGGCACAUGCUGAUCCACACCAGCGUCCGGCCCUACCAGUGCCACAUCUGCUUCAAGACCUUCGUGCAGAAGCAGACUCUCAAGACCCACAUGAUUGUGCACUCGCCCGUGAAGCCAUUCAAAUGCAAGGUGUGCGGAAAGUCCUUCAACCGCAUGUACAACCUGCUGGGCCACAUGCACCUGCACGCUGGCAGCAAGCCCUUCAAGUGCCCCUACUGCUCCAGCAAGUUCAACCUCAAGGGCAACCUGAGCCGGCACAUGAAGGUCAAGCAUGGCGUUAUGGACAUCGGCCUGGACAGCCAAGACCCCAUGAUGGAGCUGACAGGCACCGACCCCUCUGAGCUUGACGGCCAGCAGGAGAUGGAGGACUUCGAAGAGAAUGCCUACGCCUACGCAGGCGUGGAUAGCAGCGCCGAGGCCAGCGUCCUCACCGAGCAGGCCAUGAAAGAGAUGGCCUACUACAACGUGCUAUAGCGCCAGCUGGGCCCCCAGAGUGGGCGCGGAGGGCGUGGGCGUGGGGGCGAGACCCCCGUGCUGCGGGCCGCACCUCCCGCAGCUGAGAAAUGAGCUACUGCCCCACUGUCCUGCGCCCUCCCUCCCGAGUCAUUUGCACCACUAGGGACCAUUAAACCAAAUGGAGACUGCGACCAGCCUCAGCCGCGAGCCAGAGGCCUGGCUGGGAUGCGGGCGGGUGAAGGACAGCAUGGGAGGCCAGGCCUGGGUCUCCUUGGCCUGCCAGUGUGGGCGGGUGUGAGAGUGCUGAUGGUGCCCUUUGGGGACAGGUCACCAGGGCACAGGCUUUCAGGUCUCUCCAGGCCACUCCAGGCCCAGUUCUUCAGGGUUCUUAACACUGGAGGAAGGGAUUGUUUGAGCCAGGCCCUGCUUGUCUUCUGACCAGCUCCUGCCUCUAGGGAUGUCUGAGCUCCUGAGCUGUCAGCAAUGCCCACCCCAUCCCACCCAGGCCCAGGAGCUCCCUGCCCCACCCUGUGGCCAGCCAGCCAAGGGGGACCCUCUGCCUUCUACCUCCUGGUGCCUCCCACGUACCCCUCGAGCCAGGCAUACAUGUGGUCCCUGGCCCUGGCUGCAGAAAGGCGGGAGGCCUAGCCCCCAGCCCAUCCUCUCCAGCCACCCCCGCAGAAGGCCCUGUCCUGUGGCCACGUGGGAAGUGAGCAUCCUUGAAGUUGACUUUGAACAGAUGUCAUCCAGCCCUGCCCUGAGCUGGGCACCGCACACACCAACCAGGACAGAUGAUGGAGGCCCCCUGAGCGAGGGGCAGGGCAGGGCAGGGUGAGGGCACUGCUGGGGACCAAGAGGGGUUGUCCUCAGGGGAGCCCACAGAUCACCUCUGUGGGGGAGGGAGGGACUCAGAUAGUUUCCUAUUAACAAGUUUCCAUUUUGAGGAUGGGGACAGCCAAGAGUCAGCAGGCCCCCAGCAAAGAGCAACAUUACUGAAAAAGGAAAAUGAAGACCAUAGAGGAAAAACAUUUUCUGAGCAAAUGGGGGUAUUACGAAGGUAAUUUAUUAUUUUUCUUUCUUUCCAACUCUGUGUCGCCUAUUAUUAUCUUUUUGGAUGAGAUGCGUUUUCUUUUUCCAAAUGUAAGCUUUCUCGUGUGCUGUGCGUGCUUCGUGCCUCCCCACCCUAGAGCAGCCCGGCCGGGCAGGACUCCGCGCACCAGAGACAGGUGCUCUGUCCCUGGAGGUGCAGCCACUGGCAGGAGCCGUGGCAGGCUGGGGCGGGAGGCAGAGAGGGGGCACCCCCACCCCAGCCUGGCUGCUCUGCUGGUGACUCGCUCCAACAGGGCUGCUGACUACUAAGCUAGCAGCUCACUCCCGGCUCGCCUGCUGUCCCCUCUGUCCCCAUGCCAGCUCCUGCCCCUGGAACCGAAGACUGCAGUCCCUGGGCAGUGACAUAGCACAUUCAGGAACUCUAGGGCACCCGGACUCCUGCCCACUUGCCUCCUGUGGCCUCAGUGGGUUGGGGCAGGACGAGCAGGGCCGUCCCCAAAGGCACAGGUGAAGCCACCAGCUUCAGCCCAGACACCAGGAGGGGGAAACAGCCGGGUGAGGAGAACCGAUUGGAAAUGCAGCUACCCCCAAGGCUGUAUCCUCAAGUGAAGGACCAAGCCUUCAGGCCUCAGGGUACUGUGAUCAGGAUUGAGGGGUGGACAAGGUGGCCCCGUGUGGCUCCCCAGACCCCGAGGCCCCGCUGGCCUCCUAGGUGCCCGCCAUGAUGACCCUCAGGUGGCAGUGACCCGUCACUGUACAAGACAUUUUCUCCUGCUGAGCAGAAGGCAUCAUCCCCUGCAAACUACCUCUUCCCACAACGUCUUUCUCCCCUGGUACCAAAAAGAACCCUGUACCUCCUCCUCUUCCUCCUCUCUCCUGCCAGUGCAGUGGCCUUGGAAACCGAAGGGGGAAGGUCCAGCCCCCAGGGUGGGGGCUCCCCUUUCCCCCAGCCCCGCCAUCAGCACUGGCCCCCGCGAGGUUCGAUACUUGAACGCCCCCUGCCCUGUGCCUUGGACCUGGGCAACGCUAAGAGGAGGAACGGCACAACUCAGUCCGCGCUGGGGGUGGUCUUGGCAAGGCCCCUGUCCUCACCCCUCCCCGACCCUCGAAUGAGGCGUGCAGCCUCUCGGGUGACUUGGAAACUCCUGGACGAAUUCCAUUCUAACUUAUUUUGACGUGUAUACAAACCAACUGUUUAGAGAUUCCACUUGUGCAGAGCCCUACUGUGUUUUUAUGUUCCUGUUUAAAAGAAAAGUUUACUUAGCAAUAAUUAUAAAUAAAUGAAUAUUCUUUA